GUGCGAUCAGAUUCUGUUGAAAUUUUUGCAGGCAAGGCAGUUCAGACAUCUCUCUCUCUCUAAAACCUACUGGUAUUUCAGUGUGACUGCCUGGCUCGGCGGAGCUCCGAUCUUCAGGUCUGAGCUUCAGAAGCACUACUCGUAGAGAAUCCAGGUGCUUUACUCUUUUUAAGUUGUAGUUUUCUUCAAACAAUGUGGUUUAAGUUUCUUGGUGGGUUAAGAUAGUCAAAGAAACCAAAUGGAGGAAGAAACUAAAGGAGAUUAUAAGGCCUCAAGGGGAAUUGGAAGUUUCAAGUCUACAUUGUCAGGGCGAUCAAGUCCACGAAGCUCUCCUUCCUUUAAGAGAUUGCAUUCCAGCCGUACUCCCCGAAGAGAAGCUAGAAGUAGUGGAGGUGUACAGUGGUUUAGGAGCAAUCGGUUACUGUUUUGGUUGUUAUUGAUUACUCUUUGGGCUUAUCUUGGAUUUUAUUUUCAAUCAAGUUGGGCACAUAGCAAUAACAAGGUGAACUUUCUGGGGGUUGGAAAUGAAGCAAGCAAUGACAAGUCAGAUGCUGAGCAGAAUCAGCGGCGAGAUUUGCUUGACAGUCCGGUGAAACUGAAGAAUGAGACCGGUCAAAACCAACCAGAAGCUGGUAAAACCAUAGAUGUGGUUUUGGCAAAAAAAGAUGAUGGAGUUGCAUCUCGUAGGAGCCUCAGUUCAAAGAAGAAGAGUAAGAAAGCAGCUCGUGGUAAAUCCCAUGGUAAGCCAAAGAAAACUGUGGCGAUUGAAAUCCAUGAGAUAGAGGAGCAGGAACCGGACAUUCCUAAGACCAAUGCAUCUUAUGGGAUGCUUGUUGGUCCAUUUGGGUCUACAGAGGAUAGAAUUCUGGAAUGGAAUCCUAAAACGCGAACCGGAACCUGUGACAGGAAGGGGGACUUUUCCCGUCUGGUAUGGUCAAGGAGAUUUCUGUUAAUAUUCCAUGAACUUUCAAUGACUGGAGCACCACUAUCGAUGAUGGAGCUGGCGACAGAACUUUUGAGCUGUGGAGCCACUGUUUCUGCCAUAGUUCUUAGCAAGAAGGGUGGCUUGAUGCCAGAGCUUACUAGGAGAAGAAUCAAAGUUCUUGAAGACAAAGCAGAUCAUAGCUUCAAAACUGCCAUGAAACAAGACCUUGUUAUUGCUGGGUCAGCAGUCUGUGCAUCAUGGAUUGAUCAAUAUAUUGAUAAGUUUCCAGCUGGUGCAAGUCAAAUUGCUUGGUGGAUCAUGGAAAACCGAAGAGAAUACUUUGAUAGGGCAAAGGUUGUGCUAGACCGAGUGAAAAUGCUGGCUUUUCUAUCAGAAUCACAGUCAAAACAAUGGCUAGACUGGUGUGAAGAAGAAAAGAUUAAGCUGAGGUCUCAGCCGGCAAUUGUGCCACUCUCUAUUAAUGAUGAACUUGCAUUUGUAGCUGGCAUAGGUUGUUCGCUUAAUACUCCAUCUUCUAGUAUCGAGAAGAUGCUGGAGAAAAUGAAGUUGUUGCGAGAUGCAGUCAGGAAGGAGAUGGGGUUGACAGAUAAUGAUAUGCUUGCGAUAUCUCUAAGCAGUAUAAACCCUGGAAAGGGCCAGCUCUUGGUUCUUAACUCAGCACGCUUGGUGAUAGAAGAAGAACCUCAGCCAGACAAUUCUAAGAUAAAAAAUUCAGUACGAAAGGGUCGAGUGCGUUCUGCCUUGGCUAGAAAGCAUCACAUAAGAGCUUUACUUCAAGGGUCCAAUGAUCAUAGUGCAUCACUAAAUGGAUUUCCACUGUCCACUGAAUCUAGUGUCCACUUCAAAGAAGACCAGAAGAAGCAUUUGCAUUUACAUAAUCGCUUUGCCUCUGUUGAUGAUACAGAUGCCAUGAACUUCGAUGUCACUUACAAGAGGAAAGUGUUGGCAGAUAAUGGAGGAACAGUUAAACAAUCUGCUAAGUUUCUUAUUGGUUCUGUUGGAUCUAAGAGCAAUAAGGUGGCUUAUGUGAAAGAACUCUUAAGCUAUCUAUCCCAGCAUUCAAAUCUGUCAAAGUCGGUGCUCUGGACUCCCUCAACCACGCGCGUGGCCGCACUAUACUCUGCAGCUGAUGUUUAUGUGAUGAACUCUCAGGGUCUGGGAGAAACUUUUGGGAGAGUGACAAUUGAAGCCAUGGCAUUCGGUCUUCCGGUGCUUGGAACAGAUGCUGGGGGUACAAAAGAGAUUGUUGACCACAAUGUGACAGGUCUGCUUCAUCCUCUUGGGCAUCCCGGUACUCAGGUCCUAGCUAAAAAUCUCCGGCUUUUGCUGAAAAACCCAGAAUUGAGAAAGCAAAUGGGAGUGAAAGGAAGAGAAAAGGUCGAGAGGAUGUACUUAAAGCGGCACAUGUACAAGAAAUUUGUUGACGUUCUUCUCAAGUGCAUGAGACCCAAAUAAACAUCUAUCAUUCAGAGUUCAGACAUCUCUCAUUCAUUUAUCGCUUCGGAAUAUCAGAGGGUGCUGUGAGUACAGAAAUUAUGUUCCUCCGCCCAGUUGGAUGUGAUAGAUAAUACCAAGUGUUGCAAUUUUUUGAGGAAAUGCAAGAAAAUGUUAUGAUUGGUGAGAUAACUUAUUGGUCUGAAACUUGAAUAUCAAGCUAGCUGAAAACAAAUUUGGUAG